AUGUUCAUAUCUAUCUAUCUAUCUAUCUAUCUAUCUAUCUAUCUAUCUCAGCAUGUUCAUUAUCUAUCUAUCACAGUCUUUUCAUAUCUAUCUGUCUAUCUCUCACAAUUUGUUCAUUUUCUAUCACAUCAUUCUUUCUUUCAUCAUUCAGUCUCUUUCCCUUUCCUCUCUCUCACCCUUCCUCAUUGUUCGCCUCCUCAUACCCUUCACAUUCUUCCUCUUCCUUUUCUUUUUAUUCUCUCUCGUUCUCUACUUAUCUUCUUCGUCAUUCUUUUCUCUCUUUGUCUUUCCUUCUCUCUUUAUCUGCUGUGUCUUUCAUUCUCUCUAUUGUCUUUGCCUUUCUUUCUUUCUUUCUUUCUUUCUUUCUUUCUUUCUUUCUCCAUCUCCUUUGUCUUCCCCCACUCUCUAUCUCUUUUGUCUUUCCAUUUUUCUGAUCGUUUACUCUCUUUCUACACUUUCUCUAUCUAUCACUAUUCGCAUUCUUUUCCUCUCUCUUUCCCAAUCUUACCUUCCAGGUUGUCUUUCUCUUCUUGUCUCUUUCCUUCUUUUCUCUUUCAUUACUUUCUCUCUAUUUCCACACCAGCCCCGCUUCUUUUAUCUCUCUUUCUAUUUCUGUCUAAUCUCCCGUCGAAAUCUCUCUUAACUUCCCCUUUCUGUUUCUUCUCCUUUUACAUUGCCUUUCUCUUUCCUUCCUUUCUCAUUUAA